AUGAAAUUAAUGGAACAUCAAAAAGACUGCAAUUCGAAAUUCAGAUUUUGUAACGGAGAUCAGUUUGAGAAUGAAGACGUUGCAGAAGAAGAAAAUGAAGAAGAAGAGUUUUGUAAAGAAGGUGAAAAAAGACAAGAAGUUGUUAGGAGGCAAAGACAGGAUGCUGAAAAUAAUAAUAGUGUUGAGGGUGAAGAAGGUGAAAAAGAAAAUGACUUGUCGCUCGGUUUUCCUUUUUCUGUCGGUGGAGUUCCUGGUCAUGUCACAUUAGAAGCAUUGCAAAAUACCAAAGUGGCAGUAGCACAAUUUGCGGCCACCGCUUUGGCUACAAAUGGAGACAAUCCUGCCGCUUUGCAAGAAUUAGCAGUUUUGCAGUCUACUUUAUUUACGUUGCAACAACAACAAAUGAUGCAAUUAAGUCUAAUUCAACAGCUUCAAAAUCAUUUGACCGUUCACCCAAAAGAAGAGGACACGACUUCGUCAUCUUCUUCAUCUAACCUUCCAAUUAAUUCUGGUAUUCCGAUUCCUGCAGCGCCUCCUGCUCAGCAAACUUCCUCGAAACCUAUUCGAAUUCCCUCACCGGUAAAAACCGAACCGGAACCGACAUCACCCCCAACUGUACAAUGCGUACCUGCUAGCCAUAAGCAAUCAUCAUCCUUUGAGCAUCAGCCGCUCACCAUUCCUAAACCUCCGGUGCCACUAGGAUCUCCAAUACAAUCAGCUCCUCCGACUUCUAAUCACACGGCCAUGGCAUCGAUAUCAUCUAGUUUAGCAUCAUCUAUAAUAACAAACAAUGACCCCCCACCUUCAUUGAAUGAACCAAACACAUUAGAAAUGCUACAAAAGCGAGCUCAAGAAGUUCUAGAUAACGCCAGUCAGGGACUUCUUGCUAAUAAUUUAGCAGACGAAUUGGCUUUCCGAAAAAAUGGCAAAAAUUCUUUGUCUCCGUUGUCGGGAGGGCGCAAUGAGCCUUUUUUCAAACAUCGUUGUCGAUAUUGCGGAAAAGUCUUCGGAAGCGAUUCUGCUUUGCAAAUUCACAUUCGAUCUCACACGGGUGAGCGUCCCUUCAAGUGCAACGUAUGCGGAAGUCGAUUCACGACCAAAGGAAAUCUGAAAGUGCAUUUUCAGAGGCACACAUCUAAAUUUCCCCAUGUUAAAAUGAAUCCUAAUCCCGUGCCCGAACACUUAGAUAAAUAUCAUCCGCCUCUUUUGGCCCAAAUGAGCAAUCAAAGUUUACCCUCAGGAAUUCCCCCUCCUCAAACUCAGCCUCCUCAUCCUCAUCGCCCUUCGCCACACUAUCCUUACACCGACAGCCCGACGUUUUCUUCGUCGGGAUUAACUUUAUUUAGGCCUCCGUUACCCCACGAACUCAUAUCCAGGCCGUCGCCGGUAUUAGCACCCAUUAGAUCUCACGAGUCGAACGUAUUAAAACCUAUCAUUUCCCUACCAAUGUUUCCUCCGAGAGAAGAGCAAGAUACGCCGGAAAAUUUAUCAAAGCCUUUAAAUCGCUCCAUGUCUUCUGACGAGCAAAAUUUUCACGAACGACACAAAAACAGGUCUAGAAGUAAUUCUCCGGUAGUUAUAAAACAAGAAUACAACGAUGUAGAAAGUGAAAAAGUGUCUGUACUUUAUCCAAACGACCUGGAAAGAGCAAAGACACCCGUUGAAGAUGAUAGUUCCGUAAACUCAAUGAGUAACACGAGGAACUCUUUCAUUGGUAAUAAAAUAGAAAAUUUACAAAAAAAUUUUACGCCUGGUGACGAGGAAAUUAUGACAAAUUUAAACAAAGAAACCCCUAACAAAAGACUGAUUACGAGUCAAGAAGUGCAAUCUGAUAGGGUGAAAUGUGAAUCAGAAAAAAACACUUUUUUACAGAACCUUCAUUUUGAUGAAUGCAGCAUGGAUAGCAAGUACAGUGAUGAGGACAUUUUGGAAGAAAAUUUCGAAGAGAGAAGUAUUUUGGACGCGGAAAAGUCAGAUGAUCGUCCGGAAAAUUUAUCGAGUAAAAGUCCAGGAAUGAAUCAAUUAUCGGAUAUUACUAGUCAAAAAACUGCAGUCAAAACAGUACAGUUUCCUGGCUCGAUUUCCCCACAUAGUAGUAAUUCUUCCGGUAGUAAUAAUUUUAGUGUUCACAUUGGUACCGGUUCGAAUUCUCUUGAAAUAGAUCCUUCCAAAGACCCAGCGAUAUACAAUUCAUUACUUCCCAGACCCGGAAGCAACGAUAACUCUUGGGAAAGUUUAAUUGAAGUGACAAAGACCUCAGAAACUUAUAAACUCCAACAAUUAGUUGAUAACAUUGAGCAUAAGUUAACAGAUCCCAAUCAGUGCGUCAUUUGUCAUAGAGUCUUGUCGUGCAAAAGCGCUCUGCAAAUGCAUUACAGAACUCAUACGGGAGAAAGACCGUUUCGGUGUAAAAUUUGCGGAAGAGCAUUUACAACCAAAGGAAAUCUAAAGACACACAUGGGUGUUCACAGACUCAAACCACCAAUCAGAAUGUUACAUCAAUGCCCAGUCUGUCACAAAAAAUUCACAAAUGCUCUAGUCCUUCAACAGCAUAUCAGGCUUCACACCGGAGAACCCACUGAUUUGACUCCGGAGCAAAUUCACGCAGCUGAAAUUAAAGAUUUUUCCAGUUCCGGAGCUUUUACUCAUCCCAGUUUUCUUCCUCACGGAUUUUCCAUGUCUAGUCUGCAACCAUCGGGUCUUCCUCUCGGAGUGAGGUCAGACUUUGAUAGAGAUUCGGAGACAAAAGACGACCAUCAGGACGAUGAUAUCUUCGACGAAGACGACGAUGAUUUUUCUAGCAGUAGCGAAUCGACGCCCAUUCCAUUCCCACCGUUUUCAUCUUCCAUCACGAGUAUUGAAAAUCAAGUUGCGAGCAUAAACAUCCCUACUCAGCUCAAUCGUUCGGCAGAAGAUUUAUCCGUUAAUAAACCGUCUAGUUCUCCAACGUUUCAAAUAAACGGUAUGAAAUCACCCGGAUCUCAAGAAGGAGCGAGAAGUCCCAGUUACUCGGACUACAGAGGAACACCUUCGCCACCCCCUAAACCUCAAACUCCCUUAAAUAUUCCACGACCGUCAUCAUCUCGCACUCUCAGCAGUCCAACCAAUAGCGAAUCUAAUUCGUUAGGAGCAUUGGAUCUAACUCCGAGAUCGGCGACGACAUUAAGAUCGAGUCCCGUACCUCCUCAAACGGGAAUUUUUUCCAAUUUGGGACUCAUACCGGGAGGAGGACCUUCGCCGCUCAUGACUUCUGCUCUUUCAUCGUUAACCUCUUCUGUACUAACAUCGACAGCAUUCAGUCCUUUGGGAAUGGCCGUCGGACCAGCAGUUCGAGGAAAUACAACGUGCAACAUUUGCUUUAAGACUUUUGCAUGUAAUUCAGCUCUUGAAAUACAUUAUAGGAGUCACACCAAGGAGAGGCCUUUUAAGUGCACCAUUUGCGACAGAGGAUUUUCAACAAAGGGAAAUAUGAAGCAGCACAUGUUGACGCACAAAAUAAGAGAUAUGCCAGCUCAUUUAUUUGAAAAUAAAAAAUCACCGACAAGUUAUGGAAACAACAACAACAAUCAACAACAACAACAACAACAAAUUUCAUUAAAUAAUAGAAACGAUGAAAUAAACGAAAUGAGCAACAUGAGCAAUAGUAAUUCGACAGCUGCAGAGGAUCCCAAGCCGACGAGUGUAGAAAUUCCCGAAUCACCACCAGUAAAUCCAGAGCCCGAGACACCUGUGUCCGUCAAAAGAUCUCCGACUGAAAGUGAUCUUCCCGUCCCUAAAAGGCAACCUAACAUGCCGAAGCAUUUAUGUCACGUAUGCAAUAAGAAUUUUUCCUCUUCCUCUGCCUUACAAAUUCACAUGAGGACCCAUACGGGAGACAAGCCGUUCAGAUGUUCAGUAUGUCAAAAAGCGUUCACGACAAAGGGUAAUCUUAAGGUACAUAUGGGCACUCACAUGUGGAGUAAUGGUGCAUCAAGAAGAGGUCGAAGAAUGUCUCUUGAUUUACCACCGAUUCCAAUCAAUCCCAAAGAUUCGGAAUUUCUUCAAAGAAGACCAGAUUUAUUUUACCCUUAUCUUCCAACACCGUUUCUCAAUGGAGUUCAACAAAAGCUGAGUGAAAUGUCGGUCAUACAAACGGGAAAUCAUCAUCCGAAUAAUGGUUUGAUACAACCAGGAAAUAAAUUCGGAGGAAUUGUUAGCUUUGGAGGAUUGGCAACCCCUGAUAAAUCAUUCCAACCAGGUUCUUGUUCUCCCCCUGUUGAAAAUCUAACAUCUCCUAAAGAAUCACCACGUAUAGAUACUCCUUCGGGAAUUCAAAUGACGAACGACGAUUUAUCACGUAAUGUUUGGGACCCAUAUUUUGAAAAAAAAAUUAAUCAAAAUGAAGAAACAAUUAAGACAUCAUCCCCAACGGGUAGCAUGUCUCAUUCUUCUGCGCAAAGAGGAGAAAGACUAGCAGCAUAA